AUGUCAAGUCACAGCAUCCCAGCAGUCACCGGAGUCGUCGUCCGGAGCCCUUCAGUGCUGCCGCCACAAGCUGCCUCGCAGGCUCGAGUGCAACUUCCAGGCAAGCGGAAAAGCUUAUUGGUGGGGAUCAAUUACUUUGGCACGGAGGCAGAACUCUCUGGCUGCAUUGCAGAUGUUAAAAGGAUGAGGCCCUUUCUGGAGCAACUUGGCUUUCCCUCCGAUGAGGGCUGCCAGAUGGUUCUGCUGGAUGAGCCUGGCUGGCCACGCUAUCGGCGGCCGACCUUAUCGAAUAUGAGGCAAGCAAUCAAGUGGCUGGUUCACGAUGUCCAAACAGGAGAUGCUCUCUUCUUCCACUAUUCUGGCCAUGGAGGCCGUGAACCUAGCUAUACUGGGGCGGAUGGAUAUGUGGAGACUCUCUGCCCUGAGGACUACGAUGAAGAGGGGAUGCUUCUUGACACAGAACUGUUUGAGACAUUGGUACGACCUCUGCCAAGCGGCUGUCGUUUGACAUGCCUCAUGGAUUGCUGCCACAGCGGUGGCGUGCUGAAUCUGCCAUACCUCUUCACGGGUACGCAGGCCAACCUACAACAAGCUUUGGCUGGGAAAGCCGUAUCUCUGGCGCUUUCCAAGGAUUGGCUGCGGGACUUGCAAUCCAUGCGUUCAGGAAACCCUGCUGGGCUGCUAGAAGAUGCUGCAAGCAUGGGCCUGGGGCUGUGGGGGCUGUGGAAGCAACACCAGGCCUCAAAGGGUUCGAACGAAGCCGGCUUCUCCACCGAUGAAGCAGACAAUGUUGGGCUUGCUGUUGGAGAAGUAGUGGCCAUCACAGGCUGCCGCUCUGACCAGACCAGCGCGGAUGUGGGCAAUGUCCAAGCGCAGUUCCACGUACAGCCGUCCAGAAGAUCCUUGCUGAUGGGGCAUCGAAGAUCCUCCACUGGUCCUGCAGGAGGUGCAUUGACCUCUGUGUUUAUGGAGUCGCUUCAGGAUCCGUCAGCUGCUUCCUUCUCAUACCUGAGCUUGCUGGAAAGGAUCCGGGCUCGCCUUGAGGAGGAAGACUUUGAGCAGGUGCCGCAGCUGGCCACCUCUCUCCUCAUCGAGCUAAGUCAGCCCUUCUCGUUGACGACCAUUUCUUUGCCCGCCCCACCGGAAACUCGAUGUGGAGUUGGAAUGGGUGACAGCGCCGGAUCCUCUGCGCUUUUAGCCGGCUUCCUCGGGUCAAUGGCCGCUGCACCGAACGGAGCGAACAUGCUGAGGGGCGCUCAAGGCCAGAAUGGCUCAGCUCCCUACGCGGCAUUGCUGGACGGUCUGAGUUCAGGUGGCUUGGGCUUCGGCGCUGGCCACAUCUUCGCUGCGCUGCACAGCACUGCCAGCCAGCAUGAUGACCAUUCAUACGCCCGAGAACUCGGCCAGCGCAACUCCCUUGAUUCAGUCGGGGAAAGCUCAAUGGCAAGCAGACCCAGUGGUUGUGAUGAGGAUGAGGAGCUUGACGAAGAGAGCGGGGAAAGUGGCGAGUCACAGGAGUCUGGGGAAUUUGAUGUGGAGGAUAUGGUGGACGUGAUGGACGCUGUGUUUGGUGACGACUAG